AUGAAGAAAGAAAAGAAAGGACUGGAAUACAAGAUGGACAAGUUAGAAGCAAAAUUUCGCACUCAGUGUAGGGAAGAGUUUGCCGCACUUCAAACUGCCGUAUCAGACCUAACAAGUGAUUUGGAAGGAGGGAACGUAUUGUUCCGUGACUAUGAUGUGUAUGCUAGUAAAACAUUAUUUACGUCACAGAAGUCAGAUACGUUGAUGGUCCCACCAACAGUUGUAACUGCACAAUCCGAGCAAGCUAUGGACACAUUUAAAGGAAUACUUCGUAACCGGCAGUUCUUGCUGAUGUUGAUACAGACAUUCGAGAAACAGAAGUCUUUUUCCAUACAUGAUAAAUCUAACGUGGCUACCAUACUGAUGGUCCUGCACCAUGAUAAUAUGGAGUAUAUCACUGGCAUACUGACAACAUUGUUGAAUGAGCUGAUAGACAAGAACAUCGCUUCACAGACCCCUAAGCUUCUUCUCAGAAGAUCAGAAUGCGUAGGAGAGAAACUGUUGACUCACUGGCUGUCAAUAUGCCUGUACCAUUACUUGAAAGAACGUCCGGGUUCCGCUCUGUAUAUACUCUACAAAGCCAUCAAGAUUCAGACUGAAAAAGGUCCAAUAGACUACAUUUCAAACUGUGGCAAGUACACACUUUCGGAGGACAAACUGUUCACUUCAGCAGACACAGAAAUCAAUCCAGUUACCCUGACAUUAGACGUGAAGCACUUCGACUAUAUUGAGAACCAGGAGAAGCAGAUCUCUGUGCAAGUGCUUGACUGUGACACAAUAACACAAGCUAAGGGCAAGAUGCUUGAGAUACUGUAUAAGAAUGUUCCCUACUCACAAAGACCAUCUGUACACAGUACCAAUCUAGAAAUAGAAGAAGGUGAUGGAGGGACGAAACGUUUGUUAAAUGAUGAAGAUGCAUCCAGCAUGAAGGAAGGACUGUGGAAACGGAUAAAUACACUUCAACACUAUAACAUACAUGACGGAGCUAAAGUUAAUCUUUACUUGAACAAAGACCUGGAAGCGUCCUGUUCAGCGCUGGUUACUGGAGCUUCCCCAGAUUCAUUCAUUGUUGGUAGUUUUAGGAAAUCAAAGCCAGUAGUGAGGACCAUAAGUGGGUCCAACUUUUGGCAUCUGACAAAGAAGCACCAGAGAGAUGAUGAAGUACAACUUGCCAGUGAUCUGUUCCUCCCUAGACUUCUAAAUACAAAGGGUACUCUUCAGACGUAUAUAGAUGACCUAUUUGAUGCACUCCUGUGUGUAGGCGAGGAGCCUCCGAUCAUCAUCAAGUAUCUUUUUGAUUUCUUAGACAGCUCGGCUUCCAGGUGCGGUAUCAAGGACCCUGAUGUAUUACAUACAUGGAAAUGUAACAGUUUGUUGUUACGUUUCUGGGUGAACAUAUUAAAGAAUCCAGAGUUUGUAUUUGAUAUACACAAACCAGUUAUUGUCGAUUCGUGCCUCUCUGUCGUUGCUCAAACGCUGAUGGACAGUUGUUCUACUGCUGAUCUUGUACUUGGUUCGAGUUCACCAUCAAACAAGCUAUUAUUUGCAAAAGACAUACCCCGUUACAAAGCUAAGGUGCGCAAGUAUUUUGCGGAUAUGGCACAAUCACCAGCUGUCAGUGACCAAGAUCUCAAUUCUUAUCUAACACAGAAAGUCUCCCAGAAAUUUUCCGGCAAGUUCCAUCAGUCUAGCGCUUUAAUCGAAAUGUAUAAUUACACAACAAAGUACAGGGACGAGAUAUGUAGAGAGAUGGACAACCUAGAAGCAGCAUCCCCUGGCAGUUUUUCACCUCUAACGUCUAAACUAGAGUAUAUUUUCAUGUGUAUGGAUGCGUACACUAAGUAA